ACCAAAAAAGUUGAUUCUUGUCGUUAUUGAUAAGUGUAAGUAGAUACCUUAAUCUCUUUUGAUUGAACCUACCUAAGUCGAUUUACAUUUUCUAAAAACUCGUCCUCAAUCGAAGCGGGUCCCAAUCCCAAGUAAUAAGAAAUAUAAAAUUAGAUUGGCGGCGAUAUCACAUUUGUGUUUCAAAUUGAGAGUGUGGAGCUGGUUUAAGAGGAAUAAUGCCAUAUCGAGCUCAAGGUCGCUCAGCAUGAGGAUAUAUAUAUAUACAUAUACAUAUAAAUAUACACAAAAUGACACUAAUAUAUUAAGGACACAUACAUCUACACAAAAUUAUGGUCUCUUCACUUUGUUCAUUUCUUUAUAUUGUUUCACAUUUCACAGAAUAAUUUGAAAAAUAAAAUAAAGGUGAUGAGAAAGGGUAAACAAGGGAAGACCAAAGCCUCACUCGACUCGUCACCGACAACGAACCAAACUGCUCAUAGGGAUAAUUCAUGAACCGUUGUUUUGAGAUUUUAGUAUAAAACGAUAUCAUCUAACAACUUUCUUGGAAAGUUUUUACGCGCCAAGUAGAAUGUUUGAAGAAAAUUACGACAUUUUCCAAGGAGAAACCAAACAAUGAAUCCUCGUAUGCAUGCUGAUCAGUUCGGAAGAACACUCAAACACGAUUAACGCUGGUACUAACAUACAUUAUCAACAUGCAGAUUGAAUCUCAACAACAUAGAAUUCCUCCAACUACAAAUGUACAACCAGAAGCAAGAAUUCAAAUUGAAACAACAUUAACGACGAAACGAUUCGUAAUCGGGCUUUUCACAUUUCUUUUUUGCUUUCACCUAUUCUUGAUCACAGCCCUAACAGUGUACUUAAUAGUGCAAGGCAUCAUCCAUUACAAAGCUCACCACCAACGCCACUUUCACCCCACCAAGUGGUAUCAUCCGCUCCUCAGUUCAACAGUAUGUGCUGCAAUUCUCUCAGUUGCCUGGCAAGGAAUCACGGGUUGUUACCCUUCCAAAGCUUUCAAGGCAGUCUUUUGGCUCGGCCCAAUAUUGACAGGCGCAGUUGCCCUGCUUCAUCUACUGAUUGGUACUUCUGUCAACUUCACAAUAGGAGUAGCCACUCUAAUCUUCUCUCUCACUAUGUCCCUAUACGGCUGUUGGGUCAAUUCUCGAUUGGUCUAUGCUAUUCGGGUUUUAAUACUUUCUUCUUCUCCUCCUCCGACCAAGCCAACUUUCUUGAUCUUACUAUCCAUUCUUCUUGGUACUCUUUAUUCUGGUUUCAUGGUAAUUGGCAUUGGAUCAGCUUUAGCUAGCAGAACAAAGUUAAACUCCGUAUACAUCUCAAUAAUCCUGCUAAGCCUUGCAUGGACGAUGCUUGUUAUCAGAAACACAAUGCUGGCUUCAAUGUCACGUGUGAAGUACAUGUUCGUGGCUUAUAUGGUGGACCUCAAAACAAGCUUGGCUUUGUGCGACACACUUAAGCACUUGAUGGGAAGCAUCUGCAUAGGUUCAUUCCUAGUGCCGAUUCUAGGAACCAUGUGGGGUUCAGCCAGAUGUAUUGACUUGUUACAAGAAGGCCCAAAUGAACUCUGUUGUUCAUGCGCCAAGUGCUAUACAUGUUGUGCUUCCACGCUAGUGAUGUAUGGGAACCGAUGGGGCUUUGUUCAUGUUGGACUCCACAACAAGAGCUUUGUUCAGGCCUCAAAGUAUGCUUGGGACAUGUUCAAGAAGAAUGGGUUGGAAUCAGUGAUCGAUUCUGAUCUGACUAGCUCUUUCUGCUUUAUCUCUGCUGUGACAGUGGGAGCAAUCAGUAGCCUAGUGAGCGGAAUAUGGGCACUUGUAGUGCAUAAGAGCUACGCAACAGAACUUUCUCUUUAUGCUUUCAUUAUUGGUUACUUGAUAAGUCGGAUAGCAAUGGCAUGGCAACAAGCAUGCAUUGCAGCUUACUAUGUUGCUUACGCAGAAAAUCCUGAAAACAUGGAAUUUGACUCCACCAUUCCAGAUCGAAUUCAAAGGCUUCAGAGACUUCAAGCUUGCAUAUAACCACAAACAAAGACUACUGUCCUUCACUAUUCCAGAACCAGUCGUCUAAUAACUCUUUUUUCUUCUCUUUUAUAUCCUGAAAAUGGGCUAUUGAUAAUUGUACAUGUGAUUCAAUAAUUGAGUUACGAAAUGUUAGAAGACAGUACAUUGAUUCAUUAUGUUCUCCUAAAUCUUUGCAGAUUUGAACAUAUAUGCUAAAACUGUAAAAGCUCGUGCAUACUCCAAUUGUUACGGAUCUGAAUCCUUCAUUUUAA